UUACCACGUUUCGGAACUGUGCAGAGAUUCAAUGAAACGGGAUCAUGAGUGAUACACAGAAAAGCACGAGGAACUCAACAGAUAUGAAAAAUGAAGAUGGGUAUGAAAUCUCCAUUCCUUUUGAGGACAGCAAUGUGGAUCAGUCUGGCUACUACAACCAGAAUGACCAAAUUUUUGAUGAGCCCGCAGUUUCGGCCCAGACUCCCCCCUGUAGCCCGUACCUGCUGAUCUCCAACCUGCGUGCCCAACUUCAGAUCUCUCUGGAGAAGAACUCAUGGCUGCAGAAACGCAUUGAGGAUCUGGAGGAAGAGAGAGACUUCUUACGCUGUCAGCUGGAUCGAUUCAUCUUCACCACUAAGAGUCGUGAGAGAAAUGGUGAGGAAAAGGAUCUCUGUGAAGAAUGGCAGGAUCUGAGUGCUGAGACAUCACACACGGCCCCCCAGAAGCCCCUCACACGCAGGGUGUCGACUCCCUCUCCAUCUCCCAUGACAACCCGCUCUGGCCAAGUUCCAACGCGCCACCAGACUCAGAAGCGUAGACGAAGCAACAGUGCACAAGAUGAAGAGGAGGAGGAUGUGAUAGAGGAAGAGGAGUAUCUGGAAGAAGAGGGCUACCUGGAGGAGGAGGAGCUGUUGACGGAUGAGGACGAUGAGGGGUCAGACAGUAAGGGUUCGAAGAGGAGUCGGUCAGGCAGCAGGUCCAGUAACGGCCAGCCCAGAGUGAAACGGACCCGCGUGUUCCGCAUCACCCGUGGCAUGGAGAGACAGAGAGUGAAAGACCCGGCUGGAGUUCUGCUGCGUUAUAAGAAGAUCCUGGUGACCUAUCAGAAGCUGAAGAGCAUGUCCAGGGCUUUUCAGGCCCACGGGGUGGACCGCAACACCGUCGCCUCGACCACGCCCAUAGCCGAGCUGCUCCUGGUCGCCCCCGAGAAGGUGGCGGACGUCGGUGAGUUCGACCCCUCCAAAGAGAAGCUUCUAGACUACGCGCGGCGCUGCUACAAAGCCCUCGAUGAAGCCACUCACGCUAAAGUGCAAGCUUUGAAAAAGAACAACCUGCUACUUCCCAUCUCCUACAGAUUCAGGAACUGAGGCGGCGCUGAAUCCUCCACGCUUACUGGUCCAGUUGACGAGAACUGGGAUACGCCAGCAGAGCUAGAGUAGCUGAUUGGGUUUUGUUCAGAUUCUGAGUGGAUUUUUCCUUCUACCUCAGCUCCUGUUAAAAAUCAUUUCAAGGACCAAAGGUCAUAGACUCUGAAGCCUCAGGUGUGUGGCACUUCUCCACGACGUUCUUGGUGGUCAGAGCGAGAAAUUAUAAAGGGUUAUUUAAGAACCUUUUUCAUUUGACUAUCAAGAACUUGACAGUUAAAGGAAAUGGUUAAUGUGCUCGAGGAGGUGUGUUCUGUAGAUCUGAACGACACACACACAGGGUUGAGAUGUGAGUGGUUUGAGUGCAGACAAAGAGAAUGUCGCUGACAGUUGAAAGAGACCAUUCAGGAAAAAGAAUCAAAUGGGAGAUGUUUAAAAAAAGAAUGAGAAAAUGGAGCAAAUAAAUCAUGUUUUUGAAAAUAGUAGUCGUUCACUGUACCAUAAGGGCCUUUAUUUUUUUCUUUUUUAUACAAAUGUCUAUUUUUUUUUCCAAAAAAAGAUCUUUAAAAGCUUCAGAUUUGCCUAUCUCCCAUAGCAA